AUGAUGUCAAAGUGCUCUGUUAUAAGCUGGGCCUCGUGCCUGGCAUUCACCUCCGCCUUGUUGGCUAAAGCAACGCCGGCCACAACCAAGGCACAAUAUGUCCAGGAUGCAUCCACUGCCAUCACGGCUCUCAACAGAAAUUGGUACAGGCAAGAUACCGGUCUGUGGGAUGGCGCUUGGUGGCAGAGUGCCAAUGCCCUCACAACUCUGGCCGACUUUGCCAUGUUGCAGCCCGACGCCGCGAAGUCCCUGGGCAUCGCAAACACCAUCCGCAACACAAUAGAAAAUGCACCCAAAAAGUUCCCUGGCUUUAUAAAUGACUUUUACGACGACGAAGGCUGGUGGGCUUUGGGGCUCAUUCACGCGUAUGACGCAACACGGAAUGAGAGAUACCUUGAAACGGCGGCCGACAUAUUUAACGAUAUGCAAACCGGUGGCGGAACUCCCUGCAACGGCGGGGUUUUUUGGAGCAAGCAUCGAAAAUACGUCAACGCAGUUGUUAACGAGCUGUAUAUCACAGUUGCUGCUUCAUUAGCCAAUCGCAUUCCCUCCAACCGGACGUACUUUGAGAUUGCGAAAAAUGAAUGGCACUGGUUUCGAAAAAGUGGCAUGAUCAAUAGCCAGUACCUCAUCAAUGACGGUCUCGAUGCAAGCUGCAAGAACAAUGGCUUACAAACUUGGUCCGUGAAUCAAGGCGUCCUGUUGGGCGGGUUGACCGAACUUUCGAAAGGUCCCCAGAUGAGCCGAGGCGUCCUUGGAGAUGCCAGAACUUUAGCCAAGGCGGCCAUCAGGGCGCUCUCCGAUGAAGACGGCAUCCUGGUUGAGACAGAUAAAUGCGAGACGCAAAACGGCGCCUGCGGAUUUGACGGCAAGCAAUUCAAGGGCGUAUUCGUUCGGAACCUGGCCUACCUGGAUCAGGUUCUCAAAGACAGAGAUAUCAGGGCAUUUGUCUUGAGAAACGCCGACUCGGUAUGGGACAAAAACCAUGAUCCUAGUAACAAAAUGGGCGUCGCUUGGAAAGGACCUGUAAUUGCUGCCAAUGGCGCCUCUCAUGGGAGUGCUCUGGAUGCCUUGGUGGCGGCAGUUCGAGUUGUCUAA